AUGUCUGCGUGCAGUGACUUUGUGGAACACGUUUGGAAGCCCGGCUCCUGCAAAAACUGCUUCAACCCGAAGAGUUCCCACCGGCUGCAAACACCCCCAGGCGCGGGAGCUUGUGGCGCGCUCCCGGAUGGAGCUAGGACCAAGCCCGAGAGCCUCGUGUUGGAAGACGAAGGUGUAAAUACUUCCCCCUUCUCAAAGCCAACAAUUGCUGUGAAGCCAACAAUGAUAAACUCGGAUGUUUCUGACGCGUGGGCGGAUGUGAAUAUGAAUGCAGAUCUGUCACAGGUCAGCUGGGGCAUGGUUUCUGGCAAGCAGCUCCUCCUGAAAUCAGGAGAUGCACAGCGCAUCUGCCUUGACAAUUUUGGCAAUGCUGGUGUGAGAAAGCCUUUCCUUCACAGCCAGCCCAGCGACCGCUUGUCUUGCUGUCCUCCCAGCUACUCCAUGGUGGGUCUGCGUGGCCUGGAGAGUCGAGUGGAGAGAAAUGUCUCCAUCCACAGCUUGGUACUUGUGGGUGAGAUGGGCAAGCAGGAGGACAGAGUUAAAGACAAGUUUGCCCUGCCUCAUCAGGUCCCCUGCCCUAAUCCAUCUGCCUUGGGGGACAGAAGCACCACUAACUCCAGCAGAAGCACUUCUUCCCAAGCCAGAGAAGGAGUUGCACUCCCUUCGGGGGGUGACUGUGGUCACAUCUCCUCCAUCUUGGAAAGCGAAGGGGGCGAGUACUGUUCGAUCACGAAGUGCCACAAGGAGCACCCUGCCCCCGGAUGGAGGCAGCGGGAUGCUCCCGAGAUUCCAAGGCCAAGUGGCCAGGCAGUCAAGUUCAGCGAAGAGGAGCGCAGAGCUGUGAACGCGGCCUUCUGCAUCACGAAAGACCAGGGUGAUCCCCUUCCCUAUGCCCUGCGUUCAGACGGGAAAAACCUGGCUCUCCACACGGAGCCUGCCACCGUCCCUGAGAGCACGGGGAGCUGCAAGACAGCUGCCCUUGCUCUGUCCCGGGAGGAUGAGGACUUGCCUCUCCCUGGGGAGCCCUCUGUCACUGGAGGCCUCUGCACUGAGGGUUCCAGCACCCCUCAGCAGGCUCUGGUGGAGCCGCAGCGCCCUCGCCUCACCGAGCCAGCCCGUGGUGAUCCCAUCUAUGCCGAGAGCACCAAGAGGAGGAAGGCACAGCUGAAGGCUGUUGGCAGCCAGACAAAAGCGGAGAAGCUGGGCCAUGGCACUGCCAAGGAGAAAGCUGAUGGGUUGUGGAGGGAUGCUGUCUGGGCUUUGGGAGGUGAGAAGGAACACCAGGACUCCACUGGCCAGGUGGCAGCAAAGAUAACUAUAAUGACAGCACACACUGAGGAUGAUCACAAGACAAUAUUCCUCAGCAGCCCUGACUCAGCAGUAGGAGUUCAGUGGCCAUGUGUCAGCCCCACUUCCCACCCCGAUUUUGGGACUUCAUCACCUGCUAUUGAGUCUGGACAGAUUUUUCAAGCAUCUGGAUGUGAAAACAGCACAAGAUUUCAUCUGGCAGCUCCUGUCAAGACCUCACUUACUGAGAGUCCAGCCAUCCCCCCAAAGAUGUCCAAAAACAGCCAGCCAGGCAGUGAGGGGAGCCGUGUGCCCGCAGUCAGCUCCCACAUGGGAAGGUUUGGUGAUGACAACAGCCAUGAUGGAGCUGGUGCUCAGCUGCUGCCGAGGAGCUGUACUGAUACAGGUGCCUUUGGGGUGACCCCUUCUCCCUGUACUCUUGUGAAUGGGGUCUCUGUGGAGGAGUCCAGUAAAGGUCUGGCAGGCUCAUCCUAUGAUAGGAGGCAGAAAUACUAUAACCCAACGUGGACCAAACAGUGCCGAAUAGAGGAGGAGGAGGAGCAGGAGGAGGAGCAGGAGGUCUUAAACCACUCAUGGACAGUAGGAGCUGAGAGUGGAAGAGCUGGUACUGACUUUGUGGAUGAUGGUCCGAUACUGGAGAGCCAGACUGGAAUGACCAAAUCUUCUUCCUUCUCCUUUGAUUUCCCGAAGGACAAGAGCAAUGGUGUGGAGUUUGCGCCACCACCGCCGCCGCCGCCGAAAAAGCAGUCUAGGCACGCACUGAAAAUGAACCCAAGUAACACUGAGUUGGAGAGAGUCAGCAACAGCUCUGCAGAGAGCCUCAGCCCACCCUUCAGGAGCAGCCACGUCACCUUCACGGCUGGCUCCAGCGACAGCCUCGACUCGGACACACAGACCGGCAGCGAUGGCAGACACUCAUCUGAGCCGAACCACUCACCCACUCCAGCUGAGAGUCAAGUGUUUCCCCCUGUACCUUUCCGUCCUGUCUCCACUGAGGAUGGUCGCUCCUCUGGCCCCAGCUGCCCGCCCCCUCUGCCCCAGAAGAAGACGGUGAUCAGAACUGUGUCUUCUCCAGACGGCUUUUUUGGGGGACAGGCAUCUUCAGGCAAAGCAGCUGGUGCUGCCAGCCCCAGGCUGAAUGUCAGCCAUUCUGAGAGCAAUGUGUGCCUCCGAGAGGAGCCUCCCUUCAUCCACCCAGCCAGCCUGGGGGGCCGCCCUGGUGCCUUCUCCUCCUCUGAGUCCCUGGAGAAAAGCUCCAAAGGAAACAGCUACUGGGGCUCAAGCACUGGUAAGAGCACAGGGGCUUGCGGCCCCAGCAGAAACCCCCAGUCCCUCUCCUCCUCGCAGCUCAGUGUGUCCAGCCAAGUGUCCUCGGCCUCCAGCCUCCACAACCUCCUGAGCAAUAUUGACAACAAGGAGGGGGUGUACAGCAAGCUGGGGGCCCUGUACGCCGAGUCCCUGCGCCGCCUGGUCGCCAAGUGCGAGGACUGCUUCAUGCGGGAGCAGAAGAACGAGCUGCACUUCAGCGAGAACAACUGGUCACUCUUCAAGCUGACGUGCAACAAGCCCUGCUGCGACUCGGGGGACGCGAUUUAUUACUGUGCCACUUGCUCCAAGGACCCUUCUACUACCUAUGCUGUGAAGAUUUGUAAAACCCAGGAGUCCAAGGUAGCUGCUUCCUACUGCAGCCCUGCAGUGCCAGUUCACUUCAACAUCCAGCAGGACUGUGGGCAUUUUGUGGCCUCCGUCCCCUCUAGCAUGCUGCUGGCCUCAGAUGUGGGGAAAAGCAUGCCUGGAGAUGGCUUCCAUCCCUCCCGUGCUGCCAGUGAGCACGACUGUGUGGUGGUCAUCACCCGCGAGGUGCCGAGCCAGACCACUGCCGACUUCGUGAGGGACUCGGUGAUGCUCCACCAAGCCAAGCCGGAGCUGUAUGAACGUCGCGUGUGCUUCCUGCUCCUCCAGCUCUGCAAUGGCUUGGAGCAUCUCAAAGAGCAUGGCAUCAUCCAUCGUGACCUGUGCCUGGAGAACCUCCUGCUUGUGCCCUGCAAGCCCCCCAUGAGCUGUGUGAAAGCCAAAGAUGACAAACACUUACCCCGCCUCAUCAUCAGUAAUUUUUUGAAAGCUAAACAGAAGACUGGAACUGGAGACUCCAAGAUGAAGAAGAGUCAGGCCCGGCUGGCCCCGGAGAUUGUGUCGGCUUCUCAGUACAAGAAGUUUGAUGAGUUUCAGACUGGUAUUCUCAUCUAUGAACUGCUGCACCAGCCCAACCCCUUCGAGGAGAAGGUGCACCUCAGGGAGCAGGAGUACAGCCCUGAGGACCUCCCUGCUCUACCCAGCCUGUCCAUCUACUCCCGAGGUCUCCAGCAGCUGGCCCACCUCCUACUGGAAGCAGACCCCAUCAAGCGUGUGCGGAUCACCGAGGCCAAGAGGAUGCUGCAGUGUCUGCUUUGGGGGCCCCGGAAAGACCUCAUGGAGCAGCCCCUCAGCCACGAGGAAACCCUGCGCCAGGUGCUGCAGAACUGGGUGGACAUGAAGCGUGCCCUGCUCAUGAUGAAGUUUGCGGAGAGGGCCGUGGACACGGAGCGGAGCGUUGAACUGGAGGACUGGCUGUGCUGCCAGUACCUAGCAUCUGCUGAGCCAGCCUCCCUCUUGCACACAUUAAAACUGCUGCAGCUGCUCUGACCUUGGAAGUGUCUCGCAGGCAGCUGAGGUGCUUUAGCCUUGCGGCUAAAGGUGCACAGCCCUUUCACACGUGAGAGGUUUGAAUCUCAGCUGUGAAUGCACGUUCAGCUCCUGCCCCGCGCUCCAGUCAGAGGGCACAAGGCAUGUUUAGUAUCCUCAGCACUGUUAGUUUGCGAGCAGGCACAACUGGGAACCUACCCCUAUUUUGGGGGGUUUUUGUUUUUUGGUAUGGUAAAUGUGGACUAAUAAACUCCUGCCUGCGUGUGUGCAUGUUUC